GCUUGUUUUGCUGUCGGUUUGCGGGGACGCCAGCCCCGCCUGCCGCACCUGCGCCGGCCACACCCUCUUCCCACCUGCGGGUCCUUGGCCGGCGACUCUGGAGCUGCACCUGAGGGCGGAUCCCUCAGGGAAUUGGUCUUCUAGGUGAAAGGGGCUGCGCCCGGGACCAGUGUAACUGCGGCAGCGGCAGGAUAUUUUGCUUCAAGGGAAGAACAUGGUGAAACUGAUUCACACAUUAGCUGAUCAUGGUGACGAUGUCAACUGCUGUGCCUUCUCCUCUUCCCUUUUGGCUACUUGCUCCUUGGACAAAACAAUUCGCCUGUAUUCCCUGAGUGACUUCACUGAAUUGCCACACUCUCCAUUGAAGUUUCACACCUAUGCUGUUCACUGCUGCUGUUUCUCCCCUUCAGGACAUAUUUUGGCUUCAUGUUCAACAGAUGGUACCACUGUCCUGUGGAAUAUUCAAAAUGGACAGACACUGGCAGUGCUGGAACAGCCUCAUGGGAGUCCUGUGCGGGUUUGCAGGUUUUCCCCAGACUCCACUUGUUUGGUGUCAGGGGCAGCUGAUGGAACUGUUGUUCUGUGGAAUGCGCAGUCAUACAAGUUGCAUAGGUGUGGUAAUGUAAAGGAUGGCUCCUUGGUUGCCUGUGCAUUUUCUCCCAGCAGAAACCUCUUUGUCACUGGCUCCUCAUGUGGAGAUUUAACAGUGUGGGAUGAUAAAAUGAAGUGUCUGCAUAGUGAAAAAGCACAUGAUCUUGGAAUUACCUGUUGUGAUUUUUCUUUGCAGCCAGUUUCUGUUUUAGAUGGAGAACAGAGUCUUCAGUUUUUUCGACUGGCAACAUGUGGUCAGGAUUGUCAGAUCAAAAUUUGGGUUGUUCCUCUUAGCCACAUCUUAGGUUUUGAAUUAAAAUAUAAAAGUACACUGAGCGGGCACUGUGCUCCUAUUCUGGCUUGUGCUUUUUCUCACAAUGGGCAGCUGCUAGUCUCAGGAUCAGUGGAUAAGUCAGUCAUAGUGUAUGAUAUUAACACUGAGAAUAUGCUUCACAUAUUGACUCAGCAUACCAGGUAUGUCACAACUUGUGCCUUUGCACCCAAUAUCCUUCUACUCGCUACUGGUUCAAUGGACAAAACUGUGAACAUCUGGCAAUUUGAUCCAGGAACGCUCUGCCAAGCAAGGAGCACAGAAGAUCAGCUGAAGCCGUUUACUGAAGAUUGGUCCGAAGAUGACGUCUCAACAUGGCUUUGUGCACAAGAGUUAAAAGACCUUGCUGGCGUUUUCAAAAUGAAUAACAUUGAUGGGAAAGAACUGUUGAAUCUUACAAAAGAAAGUCUGGCUGAUGAUUUGAAAAUUGAAUCUUUAGGGCUGCGUAGUAAAGUUCUGAGGAAAAUUGAAGAGCUCAGGACACAGGUGAAAACCCUUUCUUCCGAAAUUCCUGAUGAAUUUAUAUGUCCAAUCACUAGGGAGCUCAUGCAGGAUCCUGUCAUCGCAUCAGGUACAUGGUGGUGCUUCGGUGGAAUUUCAUGCCUUUUUAUCAUCUCUGGGAAUCUUUCAGCCACUCUCAUUUUAUAUGCCUCAUCUCCUUAGACUUCCUCAGACCUACCUAUAAGCCAUUUAUUCUGAUUGUCCUAAUACUAUUUAACAUUCUUAACAUUCUUAUGGAUUUUAACAUUCUUAUUUUUUUCCCCAAAAUUUCAGUGACUGGCACCUGAUUUCACAUGUAGAUUAAGGGCAUAGACUCUGGAGCCAGACUGCUUGGCUUUACACCCAGCUCUGUUGUUCCCUGCGUGUGUGACCUUGGGAAGUUAGGCUAUGCUUCAAUUCCUUCAUAAGGUGGUUGUGCAGAUUAAAUGAGUUAGCAUAGGGAGCAGUCUAAUGAGACACAGUAGUUAGGAGCAUGAAGUAUUUUUUUCACAGUAUACUGUUCAUUUUAUUUUAGAGAUCCUGACAGGUUGUAUCUAUUUUCAGAGGCUUGUGGGACCCUAAUUCUGUGUGUGCUGGUCUUCAGUUAAGCGGUAUUACCUGUGGAACUCCAGGAUGGGAAGAGGGUGUGCAGCUGCAGAGAGGCGCUGGGCUUGCUCUGCCCAUUUCCCAGGACUGCACGUGGGCAGUCCUGGGCUGACAAGCUUUUUUUUUCUGAACAGAGAUAGUAUAAAUUCGGAGUCCAGGCCAGUGAACUGAUAUUUUUCAUUUGAACCUUUCACUAGAGUUAAGCCUUUUGAAACUAGAAGCUUCAAAUCCAUGUAAAAAGAUGCUCCCUGUAGUCACCAUUUGUAAGUAUAAUGUAGCAAGAAAUUGUGGGCCUUCCAUAGUCUGCCAGAAAUGGUAGUUGAAGGAAUGAAAGUAUCUUACAAGUAACAGCUAUCCUCAUUUUGGUGUUUUACCAGAACCUAUUUAUCUGAGUAUAUUAAACUGGUAUUUGAAAUAAAAUUUU